ACAGCGUUGUCAGAGGAGGCUUCUGGAAGGAGGUGAUUUCUGGGCUGUGACUGUAGCUCCACACCCCCACUAUCUCCCCUUCCCAGAUGGUGCUUCAAGAGGCAGCUUGUGGACUUGGUGAUGGAGGGGGUGUGGCAGGAGCUGCUGGACAGCGCCCAGAUUGAGAUCUGUGUGGCAGACUGGUGGGGCGCCCGAGAGAAUUGCGGCUGCAUCUACCGGCUCCGGGUCCGCCUUCUGGACGUGUACGAAAAUGAAGUGGUCAAGUUCUCGGCCUCACCCAACCCGGUCCUUCAGUGGACUGAGAGAGGCUACCGACAGGUGAGUCCAGGCAUACCUAACUUCUCACUCUGCUCAGAUUCCCUUCUCAGCUUGCCUUUCCGCUGGAUGUCUAUAAUAGCAACAGCGAACAAUCCUUGAGCCAUUGUUACAUCCCAGGCCCUGUUCCAAGAGUCUUCCCUAUUAAUUCAUUUCAUUAAUACAGCCUAAGUUUUCAACAUACAUUUAUUGAGCACCUACUGUGUGCU